AUGAGAUACACGAUCCUCACUCUCGGAUUCCUUGCCACUCACACCCUUGCCCAGUCCUGUGGAGGCGACAAGUUCACUGACCGUUGUCAGCCACACCCUUUCGGCGACUUUAUGGAUCACGUCUUCUUGAGUGUCCCUUGGAAGUCUCUUAACAGCUGUGCGACGCUCUGCCCACUGGUGUCCAACAAUGUAGGCGACUGGCAACUCAACUUGACAGGUGCGGCCGUUGGCGAAAAGCGAACUCUCGUCGAAAACGGCCUGUGCCAGUUGUCGCUGAGCCGGCUCACGGGCAAGGCCAGCGAUCCCCUGAACAUUGUUCUCGCCAAGCAGGACGUCCUGCUCAUGGUGCAAAGUGCCGUCAAUUGGGCUUCCCCUCUUGAUAAGCUUGGGAUUGAUGGAGUAAAGUUCGACAUGAAGUGUGAUGGCAAGGAUUUUGCAUAUUGGGUGGAAUGA